AUGGUUGUCUCGGACGAGCUCUGGUCGCUCCCCGGCUACGGCGGAGUGCCACGCAUCAGGCCGGAGUACCCCAUUGUCAGCCUGGACGACCCCGAUGUCCUCUGCUUCAUGGUGCACAAGAUCGGACACCAUAUGGAGGACGUUGACGGCGACCAUGCGAUACGGAUGAUCGAGGUGGACACGAAGCGCAUGGAGCUGCGGUCCGUCGUCUGUUACGACGAUGACGACGAUUUCAGCUCUCCCCCUGAGUUCAUUCCCAGCAUGAUCUCACAGUACCUCGAUGCCUCCUCUCGCAGCAGCCGUCCUCCGGCAAAGCGCCAUGAGCAAGCACCCACGACGGCGGCGGCAACAAUUAUUAAUAGACUCAACUCAUCGGAUAACAAGGCGGUCAUGGCUUCUCCUGGGGAGAUAUUGGCGGCGCUUCGGGAGAUAGGUGACUUGGCGAGUGAUGACAUGCUGAGAACAUAUAGCGUUCUUGCGUGUGAUGUGAGCCAGUUCAAGUUCAAGUUACUUUUGGCGCUUCCCAAGGACAUGAGGAACGGUUACUGCCUGCUCCUCUUGGAAAAUCGUCUUUAA